UACUCAGCCACCACUGCCCUUGCAGAAGUUGCGAAAGUGUGCUCUGCACUAGCACCAAUGACAGCUUAGGUGAAUUGCUUGACGAGCAUGCCAAUGAAUUGCAUCACACCAGGCAGCUUACACGUUUAGCAUCAGCGGGUGAGACAGUUGAAUAUGUCACGGUUAGUAAAGACAUGGUGUGAUCAUCACUGAUGACGUUAACGCUAUGUUAGGGUGGAAAAACAGGAAUGUUAACGAAGGCAACAGGGAUGAAGAUUCUAUAAUAGAUCAAGAAUCUUCAUGGCGGGGAAGGCGAUUGCAGCAUUUAAUUAUCCACAGCAUCACUUUGCGUAUCCUGCAUUUCGCCGCUGAGCAUGCUAUGAACCUCGAUUCAAUAAAGUUGGCUGCGGUGGCAAAUUGUGUCAGAUGAACUGUGUGCUAAAGACUUGGCACGUUAUUUCACUAAGUCUCGAGUUCAUGUUAAGGUUUUCUUUUGUUGAAUGUGUUUGCCUGCUCUAUUGUGGGGGAUCUCUGCUCUAUUGUGGGUGCAUGUUGUAUGUACUAAUUGUGGUCUUUGUAUGUUUGUGUGCAAAUGUCAUAUGUGCGUAAAUGGGGGCCAACCUGACAGAAGCACAGGACUUCAUUAAGAGGUGGUUGCCAGGGUCUGUGGAUAGGGUUGGUGGCAGGAAGAGGCGUUUCGCAGAAACGUUUUCAGCAGAGCAUCCCGAUGAUCCCUCCCUUCGGGGCAGGAAUCAUUGCCUGCCCACUGCUGCCCUCUCCCUGCCCCACCCUUGCCCUCAGGUCCCUGGCGGCCCCUCCUGUCCGGCUGCUGCUGCCCCUGCUCCUUCCCCUGCUGCCCCUGCCUCUCCUCCUGCUGCUGCCCCUGGAGCUGAGCACCCCUACUGAUGCCUGCAUCAGUUCAAGAAUUAUA